CAUAACGCAGAUGUUUACAACAUCAAAUUGGUGGUAAUUUUCUAUUAAAUUGAAGUUCAUCGUAGUUUAAUAGAAAAAAUAAUGUUUUAUAAAUAUUGAAUAAUGUUUCGCCAACAUCCUAAUCAACUGCAACUCUUUGUGCGUCAAAUAGUUGCUACAAUACCAAGAUACUAUGCCACAAGUAAAUCCAAACCAGCGUCCGCAACCAUAAACUCCAACAAGGACGAUGAAGUGGUAUUUUCACCAGAAUUAGGAGCAAGUUUUUUUUCUAAAAAUAUAGGUGCAACGUACUGGAAAUGGCACGCAAUAUUGGACAAACAUCCCGAACUAAAGUCUCUAAAAUCUAAGGAUGUGGUCAACACCAUGAACACUUUACGCAAAUUCAACUUUACGCUUGAUGAUAUUUUAACGAAACCAAUGAUUCUGUACACAAAUGAACUAACUUUGGAGAAUCGUUAUAGUGUUUUCAAAGAAUGUGGCUUUAAGGUGGUCACCAUAUCGCUGUUAUCCAAAUAUGUGGCUGCCAUGAAUAGAAGUGUGGCCACUUUAAAAUCGUUGGGUCAUAUACCUUACAAUAUGAACGUGAUUGAGCAGUUACGGCAAACUUUUACCGACAUAGAUGUUAAUAUUUAUACGGAUUAUGCUUGCAAUGAAAGUCUUGAAUUGAAAAUCUUAAGACAGCAUAUACUAAAUUAUUAUUUGCAACAGCGUCUGCAUAUGUCUAUGGAGGAAAUUGAAAGGCUGUGGAAAGUUUAUUCUCGUUUAAAACAUAAAAGUUUUCAUUCGGUACAGAAAAUGGUGAAAGUUCUUUUAGAUGAGCUCAAAUUCCCCCGAGAUCGUAUUGCUAAAAAUGGUUUCAUUUUGCACGGUGAUGCUGAUAAUGUACGAAGAAUCAUUAAGGAAAUACCGACCAUCGAUGGCCAGGAUAUAAGGGAAAUAUUGUUGAGAAGGCCAAAAAUAAUGAUGUCAUCUUGCGAUGCUUUGUUGGCUACACUACAGCAUGUGAAAUCCUUUGGUAUAGGCGAAGAUGCCAUACUUAGAUGUUUAGAAGUCUUGACACUGGGCCCAGAUACGGUGUUGGAGCGCCUGAGGGAUUUGAAUGAAAUUGAAGAGUUUCAGGUUUUAAAUACGAAUCCUAGAGUUUUGAGAUUGGUCCAUUAUCAAAAUAAGGCUAGGCUUAGAUUGGAUUAUUUGAAUCAAUUGAAAGUUAGAUGUGCCUCAUUGCACAUAUUAUCGUGUGGUUCGCAAGCAUUUGUCAAAUUUGCUCGCGAUGGAUCCGAUCGUACUAAAGGUUGUGAUAUUGUAGUAUAUUUAGCCAAUAUAAUGGAUAAGCCUGAACACGAUGUACGCAACCUACUGUCCAGACAUCCCAACUGGUGUCAUAUACCUGCUACACAAGUAAAACAAUGUUAUGAAUUUUUAUUAAGUAAAGAAUUUACCAUAACCGAUAUUUAUAAAAAUAUACAUCUACUAUUAUAUCCAACCAAACGUAUAGAUGAAAAAUUAAAACAAUUGCAAACACCCGAAUUCUUACAAGAUCUACAAAUCAAUAGAAGCCUUAAAAAUCUUAGUAAUAAUGAGAUACUCACAUUGGUAUUGUAUUUAAUAGAAAGUGAAUUUCAUUUUACCGGCGAUGGUAUUUGGACGGAACAACAUACCCAGCAUGUGGAGAACUUUAAUAAUUUGUUACCAGAUUUUCCCGAGAGUUUAAAUAAAAUAUAUAAAUACGGCGUUAAACCAGCCGGUUCAACAACAACAACUCCGGUAACGGAUUCAAGCAAAGAAUAUAUCAUAAAUCAUUAAACAAUUGUAGAUAAAUAUUGUUUCAUUUAGUUUUAUAAGUUGUUAAUUUUGUCGUUUUUUUUUUAUUUAAAUUAAAAUCAAAGUCGAUAGUAA